AUGCCUGCUUGGGAGCAACGUGAGACUGUCGGUUGGAGCUCAGGGACAGUCGAUCCAAGAUUUCUUCUCUUUGAUCUAUCGGAUAUGCUUCUAGAUGAACCCCAGGACUAUGGAGAUACCGAAAAUAAUCCGCUACAAUUUUCUGGCGUCUUUGGUCCUUCUACCGAGUCGGCCGAUGCUCUCUCGACGCGAAUAGUCACUCUGUCAAAUAUCCUUCAAGAAUUAACUACCAACAAGCCUCAUCUCAGGGAUGGGCUCGACCAAAGUUGUCAACGAGGGUUCUUUACGGCGUCUCAUUUUCAGCAUGUCCUGGUCUUCUUCUUCCGCCGGAGACACUACCAUCAAGACAUGAUACACUGGCCAACAUUUGAUCCUGAAAACGUUUCACUCCACCUCCUACUAGCUGUAGUGUUGACCGGAACUGUUUAUCUUACAUGCCUCAAUCAAUCUGCUCCCUCAUAUAUUAAUACAGCGCUGCUAGAAUUAGCAGAAAAGUAUGUAUACAAGGAGCUAAAAGAAUUGUCAGGUCAAGAUGUCAGUCCAGUUACUUCACAAUACAUGCUUGAAAUAUGCCAAGCUGCGGUGUUGAUGAAUACUCUCGAGGGCAGUGCAAAUCACAUCGAAGCUCGCCGAAGAAUAGCGAGCAAACGAAUCCCAUCACUCGUUGCCACGUUGAGAAAAUCAAAUAUGAUGAGUCUUAAACACGAACCUGACAAAAGCUGGGGAGAGUUUGUUCAGCGAGAGACUUGUAUAAGGAUCGUUGCAUGGACUUUUGUGAAUGACUCACUACUGGGGCUCUUCUGUAACCACCCACCCAGCAUAACAUCAAAGGAGAUGACUGGAGAUCUGCCAUGUCCGAGUGAUAUCUGGGAGGCAGAUUCAAGCUUGGUCUUUCAAGAAAGGUCACGGCAUAGAUUAGAGAGGUCUUAUCCUUCAAACUGCAGCGAGGCAAUGGCAGGAAUGCUUGCUGAAGAAUGGACGCCUGUUACUAGAGAUUCUUUUGGAAGAUUAGACCAUUCAGAUCUCUUCUAUCUCUCCUCAGGUCUUGAGCGUCACAUAUUUCAUUAUCGUACGUCAGUAGUAUCACCCGACUACUCCAAAAUGUUGCUAUGUGCAUUGGAUAGAUGGGACUCUCUUUGGGCGGAUGCUUACGAACGUAUUCCAAAGGAUGAGAGGAAAUGGCUUGGAAUAGGGAAGCAUACUCCUGAAGUUAUGGCUUUGUCAAGGCGGACCAUUGAACUCAUCGAAUCUGGCGAAGCAAAGGAAUCGGCUUAUCUUCAGGACAUUGCAUUUUAUGACAUGGCUGUCUUUCAUGAAUUCGUCCAGAAGUAUGGACAGGGAAGCCCUAGUGCAUCGAAGAAUUGA